GUUGCCGGGUAGCGGCCGACAGCCUCAAAGUCGCGACUGAGUCUGCGCACCCGCCACUCGGGAUGGGAAGAGCUUGUCCUCUGGCGAGGCGGCGUGGUACUGCGAUCGAUUUGGGGUUAUGGGCGCGGAUCCAGGAAAAAUGGGAAAGGUUCUUUCUGGCAAAAGAAAUGACAUGUCCAUCUGUGACAGCAUCCCAAGAGUGAGCCUGGUUUCUGGAAACCUAUUUUGACUCCAUGACAGCUAGGAUGGAUGUGGCCUUGCCUGUGGUUAGAAAACAAAGAAUUUACUGAGUUCCCUGAGUGCCCUGUACACCUUUGGGUCCCAUCACCUCGCUGGACAGCAGGGCUCUCCUCAGGGCCACAGGAUCUCAGUCACAUCUACAGAAGGCCCUGCCAGGGGCUGCAGCUGAGGCAGAGACCUGUGUCAUUCAAGGAUGUGGUUGUGGGCUUCACUCAAGAGGAGUGGCACAGGCUGAAUCCUGCUCAGAGGGCCCUGUACCGGGAUGUGAUGCUGGAGACCUACAGCCACCUCGUCUCAGUGGGUUAUGAAGGCACCAAACCAUAUGUGAUCCUCAGACUGGAGCAGGAAGAAGCACCGUGGAUUUGUGAGGCGGCGUGCUCAGGCUGCCACUGUCGGGAAAACAUUUGGCAAGUUAAUGUCCAGAGGAAAAGACGACAAGACAUACUUUUGAGGCAAGAUGCAUUCAUCAGCAAGAAAACACUGCCCAAGGAAAGAAGCCAUGAAUAUAAUAAGUUUGGGAAAAUAUCACUUCGGAGCACUGAUCUUUUUCCUUCAAUUCAAAACUCCAAUAACUGGGACCCUUGUGGAAAGAGUGUGAACCAUAACCUAGACUUGAUUGGUUUUAAGAGAAACUAUUCAAAAAAGCAAGAUGAGUGCUAUGGAUAUGGGAAAUUGUUACAGCAUACAAACCAUGAUCGAAGAGCUAAUGGAGAAAAACUCUGGGAAUGCAGUCACUGUGAGAAAGCUUUCAGCCAUAACCCAGCACUUACGUAUAAACCAGCAGUAAGCAAUUCUCUUGUGUACAAACGUAAGAGAGUUCCACCUACAGAGAAGCCCCACACCUGUAGUGAGUGUGGGAAAGCCUUCUGCUACAAGUCUGAAUUCAUUAGGCAUCAGAGAAGUCACACUGGGGAGAAGCCAUAUGAAUGCACUGACUGUGGGAAAGCCUUUUCACAUAAGUCAACCCUCAUUAAACACCAGAGAAUUCACAGUGGGAUAAGACCCUUUGAAUGUUUUUUUUGUGGGAAAGCCUUCACCCAGAAGUCACACCGCAGAGAACAUCAGAGAACACAUACAGGAGAGAGACCUUUUGUAUGCAGUGAAUGUGGGAAGUCAUUUGGUGAGAAGUCAUACCUCAAUGUACAUCUGAAAAUACACACAGGAGAAAGACCCUAUCGUUGCAGAGAAUGUGGAAAGUCCUUCAGCCAAAAGUCAUGCCUCAAUAAACAUUGGAGAACUCAUACCGGAGAAAAACCCUACGGAUGCAAUGAAUGUGGCAAAGCUUUCUACCAGAAGCCAAACCUCAGUAGACAUCAGAAAAUUCAUGCUCGGAAGAAUGCCUAUAGGAAUGAAAACCUAAUAAUUGUGGGAAAGCCUUGAGCAAGAUACCCUAUUUCAUGCUAUGUGGAGGAUUUAUCCUUAGGAGAAAUCUCAUUGAUUUAAUUAAUUUGGACAAAGUGUUUUACAGUAAAGGAAGUCAUGCUCCAAUUGUGAUGGAAAAUUUUAUACAAAAGAUUAUAGAAAAUACUUUCUAAAACAUAAACAUGGUCACUCUGGCUUAAGGAAGUUUAAAAAUUAUUAAAUGGAAUGACAAUGGAAUACAAAAUAUAUGUGAAGAGAAUUAGAGGUAUGUUAUAGUAUGUUCCGCAGUGAGCCACAUAAUAAGACUGUUUAUAUUUUGGAAUUAUAAAUGUGAAUUUAAUAUAAAUUGUGAAUAUCAAGCACAUAUGUCACGCAGUAUGUAGAAUGCCAUUCACCAAACUUCCACUCUAAAUAUCACCACUGUCUUUUUGUGUCUUAACAAUACAAAAACAAUAAUAAUAAUAAUAACAUUGUCAACUAUUUUAAAAAAAGCUUUAACGCAUUAUACCAGCUACAUUUUCUCCACCCUUUUGUAAUACAUGUAAAUAGCUAUAACAUUUACUAUUGGGCCCUUUUCUGAAUAACAAAGCAAUGUUUCUUAAUGUCUUUUGUUAGCCAAAAACUUUAUUAGAUGUUUUUAAUGUUAAAAAGGCAUUUGUUUUGCCUUUAUUAUUUUAAUAUAUAAGAUAAUAUAUAAAUAAAUAAAUAUAUUAAAUAACAAAUAAUUAAAUAUUAUUUAAUAAAUCUUAUUCAUUAAAUAAAUAAUAAAUUAUUUAUUUUGCCUUUAUUAUUGUUGAAAAGGCAAAGCUAAGGAAUAGUUUCACAACCUGAUACUGGAUGAACAAAAUACUAUAAACUUGAUUACUCAGCACAUUCAUUAUUUGACAGAAGUAGCGUGUCCCUGGCAUAUUGUGCGCUAUUCCUAUUUUGUUAGUCUUGCUUAAAAUACCUUGCAGCAAGUUAGUAGGAGAGACACUCUUUAUAUGAGUCUUAUAAUUCAGAAAUGUUUCAUGCAAAGACCAAUGAAGGAGAUUUUUUUUUCUUUUUUUUGCAAAUUAAUUCAGCAACAUCCACUUUUCUUCCCUGUAAAUUUCCCUGUAAAUGUCCUGGACGCUAAAUCCAAGUUUUUUCAUCAUUCCAACCUUUGAAAAAAGUCCGCUUCCCUUAGCUGCCAUGUCAUCCAUGUAAGAAGACAAAUGGCCACAUUGUUCAAGAUUUGCCUCCCUGUAAGCAUCCCUGAUCCAGAAUAAGAAACAUAAUCACAGAUAAAGAUGUGAUUAAAAGAACAAUAAAUAUUUCAUGCAACUCUAGAGCAACAUAUUUCUAAAACGUGAAAUAGAAGCUUUUCUAGCAACGUGUAAGUUAUGAAAAUUGCAGUAAGAAGUAGAAAACUUGAUAGAACAAUUACCAUUGAAGACUUUGGGAAAGUGAUUAAAGAUCUAUAACUGAAAAUGCUCCCACUCAGAUGACUUCAUGAUUAAUUGUAAUAGAUGGUAACCACUUAGAGUUUCUUUACCAAAACCCCAUAGCAUAUAUAUGCUGAAGCCAUUUUUUAAAAAUCAAGAAUUUCGGGGCCAGCCCCUGGCCGAGUGGUUAAGUUUGCACACUCUGUUUUGGCAGCUCAGGGUUUUGCUGGUUCGGAUGCCGGGCGUGGACAU